CCCGCUGUCGAGCUUGAUGACUCGGUGCCCGCUGUUCUGCCAGAUGAGUCAGUGCCCGCUGUCGUGCCAGAUGAGUCGGUGCCCGCUGUUCUGUCAGAUGCCUUGGUGCCCGCUGUUCUGUCAGAUGCCUUGGUGCCCGCUGUCGUGCCUGAUGCCUCGGUGCCCGCUGCCCAGCCUGACAUGCCUCUGCCCGCUGCCCAGCCUGACGUACCAGCUCCUGAUGCCUAGCCUGCUUCUGGAAAUCCUGUGUCCAGCAACCUGCCUUCCUGCGGUUUCCUGCAAAAAGAUAGGCCUAUCAGCAGGAGACCCAGCCAAUCGCUUUAUUCCGGCAGUGGGAUGUCCAGCCAGUUGC